AUCGUUUAGCGUUCCGUGAUUCAGUUCACAAAACUGACGUCUCUGUUGUCGCCGUGCGUCCAGCGAUUUCGUAAUGCUAACGAUUUUACUAUUUUUUUUAAUAUCCUAAAGCGAUAGUUUUUCAAGAUUUCGAAAAUUAAAUGGAAUAAAAAUGAUAAACAGACUCAAAAGUUUUUGACUGUGAUCAAGUAAAUUACAUACAACCAUGUAAUAUCGGACAUAUAAACUUUUUGACGUGUUUUCGUUCUAUUAUUGGUUUUUCGUUUACUGUUAUCGGGUCACCAACAUAAUAAUCUAAGUCAAAAUUAUUAUCGACUAUGAGCAGCUUAGUUGUAAUAUUAUUACAUGAGUCACUUCUUGCGUAGUUUGUUUCGUACAGUUGUUUCUAACAUUUGCUAUCCUCUUAUUUCUUAACAUCCCGAAAUGUUGACGUAAACAUUUCUUUCUUGUAACGUUAUCUUGUUGGGUACUUCUUUGUUGAUUGAACGACGAUCACAACAACAAGACUAACAUAAUAAACCCACCAGUACAAUAUUCAACUACUUUCUACUUCAAGCUCUAAAUUUGAAUUCAAAUAUGAUGUCGAGUGACUCUGAUUUUGAUGAAGAAUUAGAAGGGUGUGUUCGAAAAAAAUUUAAAAUGUUAAAUGAAGAAAAUGAUCAACCAUUUGAAAACUAUAGUUUGCCUCAUUCUUCAUCUUUAUUUGAAUGCAAAAAUAGUCAAAUUGUGGAUAAUAGUCAAAACGAUAAUAUAAUUAUUAAAACAGAAAAUGUUUUAGAUUCAAAUAGUGAACAUUUAAAUAAUACGAGUAUAUCUUCUGAAGAAUCAGAUACUGAUCAAGGUUAUAAUAAAAAUAAAUAUGAUUCUGAAAGUGAUGAAUAUAUACCUAUUUCAGAUGGUGAUUUUGAGUUGGAAAAGUUUACUAUAAAUGAUGAAACAAAUUCUAAUACAGUUUAUUCCGAAAAUAUGAGCGAUAAAUUUGUCGAAGAUGAUUACAAUGAAGAUAAUAAAACUAAUAUUAAACCCAUAGCUAUUGACGAUGAUGUAUAUGAUUUACUAGAUAAAGCCUAUCAAGAUAAAAAUUAUGAUAGAAGUGAAAAGAAAAACCAAAUUUUUUCACAACCUGACUUUAAAGAAUUUGAUAAAAUAGUUUUAGAAGAAGUGUAUAGAAAUCAUUUUGAUAUUUUGCCAGAAAAUUGGAUAGAAACAACUCAUAAAAGUGGCAUGCCAGUUUAUCUACAUAAAAAGUCAAGAGUUGUAUCCUUAUCAAGACCAUAUUUUUUGGGACCCGGUGAUUCUAAGUCACAUUUAGCACCAUUAUCUGCAAUUAGUUGCUUACAAUAUAGAAAAGGACUUGAAUCUAAAGUAAUUAUAAAAAAAGAACCAGAUUGUCAAUCUGGUGUUCUAGGAGAUAUGGUUAUACCAAAUGCUAAAGUAGAGACUGCUCAAGAAAAUAUUAUUAAAGAAUCAUUAACCCAUGAGGAAUUGCGAGAUUACUGUAAAUCAUUAUUUAAGUUUAAAGAAGUAAAAUCUGUAAAUGAAAUACCUGAGGUAUUAAAUAUAAAAAAAGAAGUAACAAACAAUAAUCUUAAUAAUACUAAAGAAAGACCUUCACUUCCAGAUAGUACUAAAUUAAUAUCAUUUCCAGUUCAGCUUGAGGAUCAUGAUAAACGAUGUAAUCGUCGUCGAGAAUGGAUAUUAAAUCCAAAUGGUAAGAGUUAUGUCAGUAUCUUACAUGAAUAUUUGCAACAAGCAUUGAAAACUCAACCAUGGUACGAUUUUAAAGAGCUUGAUAAUACAGAAACCCCUUAUUCUGCUACUGUUGUGCUUAAUGAUGUCCAGUAUGGUGUUGGCUUGGGUAACAGUAAAAAGCAAGCAAAGCUUAAUGCCGCUCAGGCCACUUUAGAUAUUCUCAUACCAGAAAUGAAAAAUAAAAUUGAUUCAGAUAAUCGUAACCAACGUGAUCCAGUAAUAUUUGACCAAAUUAAAGUCACUGACCCAAGAGUUACUGAGUUUUGUGCUAAAACUACAGAGCCUAGUCCAUAUGCUAUGUUAUUGGUGUGUUUGCAAAGAAAUUUUGGUGAAUGUGAAAUUGGUAUACAAUAUAAAUUGAACAAUCGUCGUAGGAUGUUAAACCAAUGUACUAUGGUGGUUGGUAAACAUACUGCUACUGUUUCUUGUAAAAAUAAAAGAGAUGGUAAACAAAAAGCUUCUCAAAUAAUAUUGGGUCUAUUACACCCACAUAUUGAUAAUUGGGGUUCAUUGUUACGGUUGUAUGGUAACCGAAGUAUUAAAAAUGCUAAAGAAAAAAAACAAGAAGAACAAGAAAUUACUCAACUCCAAAGUAAGGCAGCAGUAAAUCAACCAAAUUUUGCUAUAUUAAACAAGCUUAAAGAAGAAAUGUUAAAAGUAAGGGACCAAAGAAAAUUAAAAGAAGCUAAUGAUAAGUUAGGUAUACCUCAGCCAAUGACUUCAUCAUGUCCAUAUACAAUUGCAAUGCCAUCAGUUCCUGACUUUGGUUUUAAAUAAUCAUAUUUAUUUUUUAUCUUUCAUACAAUUUAUAAUAUUAAAUUAUUAAUUGAAUUAAUUGAAAAUUAAAUGUUAAGAGUACAUAUUCAGUUCCUAAUAAUAUUUGCUAUUUUAGUUUAAAGAAGUUCUGCCUU